CCAUCAGCAAGUCCUUCAAUUCUAUCAAGCAAAGAUGCGAUUUGAUGGAAGGAGGAUGAAGAUGUCCAACAUGCUAACAGCAUUGUUGGCAAUCACAAUUCUAAGUAUCUCAGCUUGUCAUGCUAUGGGCGUGAUCGGGAUCGAUUAUGGAACAGAAUCAAUGAAGGUCUCUCUAAUGAAACCUGGAGAACCUUUUGACGUUGUCCUUUCACGAGAUUCAAAACGAAAGAUCCCAUCUGCCGUCGCAUGGAAAGUACAAGAGCGUUUAUAUGGUAGCGAUGCAGCAAACCUCGCUUCCCGUUAUCCCGGUGAUACAUUUAUCGGAGCAAAGUUCUUGCUCGGAAGAGAGUAUGACGAUGAACGUGGCAGAGCAAGACAUGCGGGCUUAUUGAACACAAAGCUGGUACCAAACGCACAGAGGAAUGAUACAACAAUCGCAAUCGAACGUGAGACAGAUUACACUAUCAACAAAGAAGGUGCAGAUGUCUACUCGAUCGAAGAAAUCGUCGGAAUGCAGCUCAGUCAUGGAAAAGCAUUGGCAGAGGAGCAAGCUGGAGAAGAAGUCAUUCGUUCAUUCCCAGGAACCAUUGGAACAUACGGAGGUCUAGAUGUUGCAAUCACAGUUCCUGUCUUCUACACAGCAGCAGAACGACAAAGCCUUUAUGAUGCAGCACAAGUUGCAGGUAUGAAGCCAAAGCUUGUUUCAGAUGGAGCCGCUGUCGCAAUCAAUUAUGCAAUGACUAGAACAUUCCCAAAGCCUGAAAAGCAUAUGAUCUUUGACUCCGGUGCGGGAUCUACCAGUGCUACCAUUGUUGAAUUCAGUACAAAGACUAUUCAAGCUGAUUCAAUUUUGUCCAUUGGAGCAACACAAAAGGAGGCAAUUGUGGUCGAUGUUCUCGGCGCUGGCUGGGACAGAGAGGCGAAUGGAAUGGUCCUGGAUGUCAUUGUACGUGAUGAGCUGGCAAGACAAUUUGAAGAGAAGAAUGCUGGCAAGAUCAGCAAGCCAUUGUCUCAACAGCCAAGAGCAUUGGCACGUUUAUUGAAAGAAGCCAACAGGGUGAAGCACAUCCUUAGUGCAAACAGUGAAGCUUCUAGCUACGUCGAGAUGCUAGCCGACGAGAUUGAUUUCCGUGGCUCUCUAUCCCGUCAACAAUUCGAAUCACUCGUCGAAAAGGCCGGUCUCACACCUCGCUUUGGUCAAGCAGCAAAGGAUGCAUUAGAUCAAACAAAGGUCUCACUCAAGGACAUCACAUCUGUCAUUUUGGUGGGAGGUGCUACCCGUAUUCCUCUUGUCCAAGCCAGUCUUCGUUCUGCCGGUAUUCCAGAAGAUAAGUGGGCACAAAAUGUUAACGCUGAUGAGGCAGGUGUGAUGGGUGCCGCAUACUUUGGAGCUUCGUUCAACCCUCAAUUCCGUAUGAAAGCAAUCAAGGCAAAUGAUGGUACUCCUUAUAGCAUCGUAUUACGCGAACAAGACGGAAAAGCCGAAACUAUCUUCCCUGCAGGUGCUGUUGAGGAGACUCUCAUCACAAGGACAUACCCUGGUGCAACUGAUGAUCUCAGUAUGCAAAUCUCGUAUGAUCCAUCAAUCAACAGCGAAAAGCUUGAUGGUCAGCAAAACGCCUUGUAUUCGAUCGAACUUGCUGACGUUCACAAGAACCUCGCAGAGCUCAAGACAGAGGGACAUUUGGACAACGUGCAAACGUCUGUUAACAUCACUCUUGCCAGUCAGCCUCUCGGUGUGGUAAGAGUAGCCAAUGCUUAUCUACAUGUCAAGCAAAAGUCAGGCGGGGUUGUCGGUGCUUUGAAGGGCUUCUUCAACGUUGGAGGUUCUGCCGAGGAAGAGACUGAAGAAGAAGCCAACAAUGCUACCACAGCUGAUGCGGACGCAGAUGCUAAUGACAACUCCACAACGACCAAGAAAGAGAAGCCUGCCAAGAAGCAACCUCCUACCGAGCGUCACAUCGCUUUGACUGGAUCAAUUAAACCUGCCGGUAGCGUUCAUCCAAUGUCCACUGGCGAGCUCAAGACAGCUUCUGACCGCUUAUACGUGGCAGACGUUGUGAUGCGCAAGAAAGCAGCUAGAGAAGAAGCAAGAAAUGUGUUGGAAGCAUACAUCUACCGUAUUCGCGACACCGUUGACGAAGAAUACUUUAAGAAAGCUAGUAAGAGUGCCGAACGUGAUUCGAUCAAAAAACGGAUCCAAGAAUUGAACGAUUGGCUUAAUGCAGCUGAAGGUGAUUCUGCUGAAACAGCAGCAUUGAAGGUCAAACGUGUCUCCUUAGAAACAUUGGUUAGCCCGAUCGAAAAGCGAAUCAAUGAACAAAGAGUUCGUGGUAAGGCUGUUCGUACAUUCGAGAAAGCUCUAACGCAAGGCAAAACAUUCUUGACCGAGGCAAGAGCCAAUUUGACAGAAGCCAUGCAAGCCAACCUAGCCAGCAAAUUCACUGCUUCUGAAUUGGACACGUUUGAACAUCAAUUGGAGAAAGACUCUAAAUGGUUCGAAGAGAAAAAGAAAGCACAGGAUAAGCGUGCUUUGGAUGAAGAUGUUGUAUUGCCAAGCGCAGAAGUUGAAAAGAGAGCAAAGAAGUUGACGGACACGAUCAAGAAAUACCAAAAGCGAAGAGUACCAAAAUCUAGACCUGCAAAGAAAGAAUCUCCUCCUCCAACAAAGGCUGAGGAAGAAGUACCACCUCCGCCAGAGCCAGAAGCAAAGGCAGGAGAACAAAAGGGUGAAGAAGAGAAAGAUCAAGCGACUCACCCGCCACGUCAUGAGGAGCUUUAGUUCAUCUCCCAUUAAAUUUGUAAGCAGUAUACGAGCAAAUAGAAUAAUUGAAACAUGAUUACACGAAUGCUGAGAGAA